ACGGAUAUAGUCGAGUUCGAGUCACCCCCAUAAACUUCCCCAAUAAAAUCCCAAGCCACCGCGGUGGUGGCUAUAGGAGGGUAAUCGGAACCAUGGCGGCCACGCUCUGCACGGCGGGGGCGGCGGAGGGCGGUCACGACGGCGUAGAUCCGGAUCACGUCUGGAGAGCUCUUAAAGGUGUCGGCUGUGUUCUCGCUCGCAUGGCCUAUGCACUCGGCCCUGCGGGCGGCGUUUUUGGCAUCGUCGGCAGCUCCCGCCGCUGUGCGUUCGACAAUCUCGGUGUGAUAGCCGAAAUUGGCGACGGCGGCGUUGGCGGCCCUGCGGGUCUCGGUCUCGCCUGCCAUAAUCUCGACCACAGCGGCAGGGUUUUGGUCCGUGUCGGCGACGGCCGUCCAGUUAGUAUAGGGAAUGGAAACAACCUUAUAUGCAGAAGCGUGGUAUCAACUCAUUGCCCUCAAAAACCAAUCUACGGAAUGCGGCGACCACAUAUUGAACUUGGAGACCUCCCGGAGGAUGUGCUACACAGGGUAUUUUCAAAAUUGCAGCUUAAUGAGGUUGUUAGGACCAGUGUCCUGUCAAGUAAGUGGGGGCAUAUGUGGACGAUUUCUUCCAAACUAAGUCUUGAUUGCAUUGCAAUAUGUGGCGGGCGUCGAUACUUCUGUGGCAAACAAAGAUACACCCAGAAAUUCAUUGACGGUGUUAAUACGGUGUUGCAACAGCUUCAUGGCAAGGUGGUUGAAGAACUUGAGGUCAAAGUUGAAUUUGACAGCAUACUAGUUGAUCAUCUCAACAAGUGGAUUAAUUUUGCUGUGUCAUCACAUAUGAAGAAUCUAGCAUUGGAUUUAGCGCCAUAUGAGUUUAUGGGUGUCAAGGAUAGAUACAUGUUUCCCAUUGAGCUUUUUAAUAGUGCAAGCAUAUCUCGAAUACGACAUAUUCAGCUUAGCUGUGUUUCCUUCAGACCACGUUCCCUGUUUAGGGGUUUCCCAAACCUGAAGAAGCUUGAUCUGCAUUUAUUUGAUGUAUCUAGAAUGGAUCUUGAUGAGAUGCUAUCAGGUUGUGCUUAUCUCGAGUGGUUGAGCUUCAUUAGAUGUCAUGUGAAUGAUGAACUUAGGGUGAAACAGCCAUUGUCCCGUUUGCUGUACUUGCGUAUCGCGCAUUGCAGCAUUACAAAGGUAGAGCUACGUGCAGAAAAUCUCAAGACUUUUGUCUACCAUGGAGGGCAACUGCCUAUCAACCUUGGUCAAGUUAAGCAACUAGAAACCGCAGAACUUCGUCUGUAUGGUAUCACUUUUGAGUAUGUCCUUACUGUGUUUCCAGAUGUGCUCCAGGGUGUGCAAAAUGUCACUUUGCGGACUAGUUAUCUACCAUUAGAGACACCCUUAUUGCUGGAACAUAUUUGCAGUUUUUCCCAGCUGAAAUUUUUACGGUUGUUUCUCUUUGUAAAUCAUCGUGAAAGUGAUAAUAUUCUCUCGUUGGCGUCCUUCCUGAGAGCUGCGCCUUUGAUUGAGGAGCUUGAGAUGCAUUUUGAUGCAUCUUGCUUGAAAGGUGUGGGACGGGGACCUCUAAGAAGCCUUCCGCGUUGUUCAUAUAGUUAUCUAAGGAAAGUGCAUAUCACAGGAUUUAAUGCGAUUAAGGGACAACUUGAAUUUCUUGUAGACAUCGUGGAAAAUGCCCCUGUCCUGAAGGUUUUAACUAUAUCUCCAAGAAAGGAAUUGGGUCUUUGUCAAUGUAAUGCUUCAGAUUUCUUGGCUAGUCGAGCUUCUGUUAGAAGUGAGCUUACUGGAAAAAUCUUGCCUGGCACUGAAGUGUACAUUCUUUAGGACUUUCUUAGAGUGACCAACCCUGUGCAAGAAGGCCGAGUGAUGGUGCAUUGCAGUUGUGCGUUUGUAUCGUCCGGGCCCUUGUGCUCCUAGUAAUCAUACUAUAAAGUCUUUAAUUUAUCUGUAUAACAUUGAUCAUGUCAUGUACUAUGUUUACAUUACUAAUUAAGUUUUGAUUUGAAACAACA